AUGGCAGAGUACAAUAAGCUUUUCGAGGUUACUUAUAACCCCAAGAUCAGGUCUUGCCGUUUCAGAGUGCAACUACACAUGAUCUACCCUUAUGCGAUUACCAACCAUGGGCCUUACUAUAACUAUAUCCUCGCAGAUGAAGAUGGAUACAAGAUGGAGAUGACCACUGAUGGGGAUUAUCCAAAUUUUCGCGGCCUUGAGAAGGAAGAGGGAAUAUGGGUGGAAAUCUUUGUGGUAGAAGUUGAACGGACUCGCAUCAUCGAACCUCUGAACAGUCGUCUUUUCUUGGACUUCAAAAGCAUCCAUGAAAUCCCUCGCAUGCACUGGCGUGACCUCAGAUAUCCCAUAGAUACAAUGGGAGUGGUCUUCAACAUGGAUUCCCAUCUCGAUGCCCCUUCAGGACCAAGGAUGGAGUUUUACAUAAGUGACAACAUUGACCAUCAGAUAAAAUGUGUGGUGACCGGCGAUCAGGCCUAUGCCUUCCGGGAUGGUCUUGAUUACAUGAGUGGUGGGGGUCGUAGACAGUUGAGUAGAACUUUUACUAAAAUCACUUAUACACGUUAUUUUGGUCCUCCUGAAAUAUGGCUUGAGACCGAAGGUGGAUUUGCAGACUUCAGGUUCAAUCCGCGUUUGCCCGAGGUUGAGGAAUUCAUGCAGUCUCUACUAAACAGCGAACCUUAUGUUCAGAAAUAUGGGGUUGAAGGUCUCGUGUAA